AUGGAUGUCUAUAAUGCAUUUCUUCAAGGUGAUCUAGAUGAAAAGGUCUACAUGGAGAUGCCCGAGGGCUUGAAAAGACCAGGUGAAAACAAAGUAUGCAGGGUGUAUAAGGAAAGCAUGUACAGACAAUUCAAGCUGAAGGAUCUAGGUGAACUUAAAUUCUUCUUAGGCACUGAAGUGUUGAGAACUUCAGAGGGAGUUAUUUUGAAUCAAAGGAAGUAUAUCUUAGAGCUUAUUGUUGAUGCAGGCCUGACUGGUGCUAAACCUGCAUCCACACCACUGGAGUCCAAUUUGAGAUUGACAUCAGUGGAACAUGAUCUAGUAACUAGCUACACUGGAGAUGUUGUGCUCAAUGACAUUACUUCAUACCAAAGGCUGCUUGUCCGAACACAAGAAGGUCCAUCACAGGGUAUGUCAUCAAGUUUGGAGAUUCUUUGGUAUCCUGAAAAUCCAAGAAACAACAGACUGUUUCAAGAAGCUCAGCUGAAGCUGAGUACAGAAGCAUGGCUUCAGCAAUCUCAGAAAUCACCUGGCUCCUAG